AUGAGUCGACAACUAAACAUCAAGUCUGGUGGUGACAAGGGUGGCUUUAGUGGGCACUCAGCCGUGGUGCUGAGGAAGGCUGUGGGCAGAGCAGCUUCUUACCGUGUGGCUGGCAAAGGAGCUGGCGCUGGCUUCAGCAGUCAGAGCCUCUACAGCCUCAGAGGGGAUCCGUGUAUUUCCCUCAAUGUGGCUGGUGGUGGUGUUUGGAAUGGAGGUUACAGCUUCCGGCCUGCCUCUGGGUAUGGAGGGGGCCAGGCCACUGGCUUUGCUGGCAGCAUGUUUGGCAGUGUGGCCCUGGGGCCUCUGUGCCCAUCCAUGUGCCCACCUGGGGGCAUCUAUCAAGUCACCAUCAACAAGAGCCUCCUGGCUCCCCUCAACGUGGAGCCGAACCCCAAGAUCCAGAAAGUAUGUGCCCAGGAACGGGAGCAGAUCAAAGCUCUGAACAACAAGUUCGCCUCCUUCAUUGACAAGGUGCGGUUCCUGGAGCAGCAGAACCAGAUGCUGGAGACCAAAUGGGAGCUGCUGCAGCAGCUGGACCUGAACAGCUGCAAGAAGAACCUGGAGCCCAUCUUUGAGGGUUACACUAGCACCCUGUGGAAGCAGCUCGAAUUGCUGUCCAGACAUAGGGUGAGGCUGGAUUCGGAGCUGAAGAGCAUGCAGGACGUGGUGGAGGACUACAAGAAGAGGUAUGAGGUGGCGAUUAAUCAGCGCACAGCGGCUGAGAACGAGUUUGUGGUACUCAAGAAGGAUGCAGAUGCAGCCUACACCGCCAUGGUGGAGCUCCAGGCCAAAGUGGACUCUCUGGACAAAGACAUCAAGUUCCUCCAGGGUCUAUACGUUGCGGAGCUGUCCCAGAUUCAGGCUCAUGCCAGUGACACCGCCAUCCUGUCCAUGGACAACAACCGGGACCUGGACCUGGACAGCAUCAUCGCCGAGGUCCGGGCCCAGUACGAGGACAUCGCCCAGAGGAGCAAGGCCGAGGCCGAGGGCCUGUACCAGAGCAAGAUCCAGGAGCUGCAGCUGGCUGCCGGCCGGCACCGUGACGACCUCAGGCAGACCAAGAACGAGAUAUCAGAGCUGACCCGGCUCCUUCAGAAGAUGUGGUGUGAGACGGGGACCGUGAGGAAGCAGUGCACCAACCUGGAGACGGCCAUUGCGGAUGCCGAGCAGCGGGGAGACUGUGCCCUGAAGGACGCCCGGGCCAAGCUGGACGAGCUGGAGGCCGCCCUGCACCAGGCCAAGGAAGAGCUGGCCCGGAUGCUGUGCAAGUACCAGGAGCUCAUGAGCCUGAAGCUGGCCCUGGAUGUGGAGAUCGCCACCUACCGCAAGCUGCUGGAGGGCGAGGAGAGCCGGAUGUCUGGGGAAAAUCCAUCCUCUGUGAGCAUCUCCGUCAUCAGCAGCAGCAGCAGUGCAAGCAGCUACCACCCCGGCUCUUCUGCAAGUGCCGCUCUUGGUGCCAGAGGUGUGGCAGGCUGCUCCAGCAGUACCCAGCAUGGGCAGACCACAAGCAAAGGGGCCCGAGUGGGAGGCCCGAAGGACUCUCAAGGCAAGAGCGCUCCAGUCAGCACCCCAGCCAGAAAAGCCACCAGAUAA